AUGGAUGACACGAAACCCCCGGCAGUCGCAUCCGAAGCGGCGAAUAGGCUGCCAGUCGCGGUCAACGAUGGAGAGGAAACGGUGGACACGCUCGCCCCAUCGCCCGCUGACGGAACUGCUGGAACUGGAACUGCAACKGGUGGAGCUGGAGCUGGAGCUGGAGCAUCCUCCGCAUCACCGUUGCAAUUACUCACCGACAGAGCGCUGCACUUUCUUUCACAUGCCAGCAACGAAACCCUAGGAGCGUGUCUAGUCGGGUUGGGAGCCUCGACAUAUUUCUUGCUUGGACGUGUAGGAUUGGUCAUUAUUGGCGUCGCGGGCGGCGUCGUACUGCAUGCGACAUGGGACGGUAUCCGAAGCGACGACCGGGAUGACGCGAUCAAGAUGGCGGAGAAGGAGAAGAAGCGCGAGGCUGGAAUUGAGGUCGCCAGGAGACUGCUGGAUUGGAGGAGCGACAGCAGAACAGUUGACGAUCAGGCAGAUGUUGUGAAGAUCCUCGCCAACCAGGCAUUGGACUAUUCAUCAUUUGGACCCGAAACUGCUGCUGCUCUGGACACCUUUACGGACGCCGUCAUCAAAGACUAUGUCCAUUACUGGUACGAUGCGACGCUUCCGGGCGAGGAAACCUUCCCAGUAGCAUGUCGGAGGACCUUUACAGCGUUUGUGUUGUCCUUCUCCGGACAUUUGCAACAGAAGCGUCCUGCCGACGCCUUUCUCGACUUCGUGACCAACGCCAGUUCAAUACUCAUCGUUCUGCUCAGCGAGCUCUCGCUCGCACUCAACGCUUCUCCAAACAGUACUGCACAGGAAGCCAUCACCGAAUACCUGAGACUGAAGCCGGACUGCAGCCUCUCCUACAUGGUGGACCAGAACGCACAGAAAUCAAAGCUCGGAGAGUCCGCCGAAGACAUCAUUCAGGCAUAUCUCGAUCCUAAAUCGUACAAUUGCCUUCCAGCGCAUGCAUUCCUGAAGCAGGUCAUGGCCCAACUUGUUCUGGGAUCGACCGUUACACUAUGCUCGAGACCAGAAUGGAUCAACGAGUGGAUCGUCUACGGACUGGAAGAGUCCGAGACCACGAAAGAAGUUAUGAACAUGGUGGACGCUGGGGUGGAAGGUCGACCCAAGGCAGCAUCAACGACUGAACGAUACGAAGUCAAGAGCAAAAAAGAAAGCAAGGAGCAAGAAGCUGCCUCGGCACAUAAACGGAAGAUAAGCCGAGCAGAAGAAGCCAUGGAUGAGGCUAYGAAGGAGGCGCAAAGACUCACGCAACUUAUGAUUGAAGAAGACAGGCGGAAAGCGCAAGAAGAAAACAAUCCACGGGAUGUUCAGCCAAAUGUAGAGGAUGCAUCCGACAGUGCCACACAGGGCGUACCCACGCCGACAUCCAGUCAGAGCGACCGAGAGCGGAAAUCGGGAGACGCUUCAGCACCKGCAAGCCCGUUCGCUGAGGAGUCCGUCCCCGCAAUCGAGAGCAAUCAGUUUACAAGCUUUGACCAGCUUGUACCCCAGAGACCACCGAUUGUUCGAGCGGACAGCGCGACGAAGCCCCGUCCUCAGACGAUAGCCCUGACGCUGCAUAAUGCAAACAUAUCAAUAUUCGACGACAGUGUCCCCGGCGAGCGAACGAUCAAUAAAGCCAAACCGACUAUAGAAUAUCUCAUCCAGAUCGAACCAGCGAAUUCAGUCUUUCCAGGAUGGAUGAUCGCGCGAAAGUAUGUGGACUUUGAAACGCUCCAUGAGGUUCUCAGGCGAAUUUCUGUCAUUACAGGAGUUCGGUUCACUGAGGCGCACGCGGAGCUUCCGAAGUGGAGAGGCAAUACGAAAGCCAAUCUGCGUGCGGACCUUGAGCGCUACUUGACAGAUGCGGUUCGAUACCAGCCGUUGGCAGAGAGCGAGGGUAUGAAACGGUUUUUGGAAAAGGAUCAGGGCCUUAGCAAGUCCCCUAGUACAGCAGCAAAGGGGUUUGGCUGGCCUACGCCCGACGCCUUUGGGAAGCUUGGCGGCGAUAUGAUGAACGUGCUUACCAAAGCGCCAAAGCAAGUUGCGGGGGGCGGAAAGGCAGUGUUUGGCGGUGUCGCUGGUCUCGUUGGCGGCGCUGGUCUCGUUGGUGGCACAGGGAAGAAAGCGAACCAAUCGCAGACCAGUUUGUCGAGGAGCGUCUCAAAUCCUACAGGCGACUCACCUGUGACUCCCCAAAGGCAGAACAACCCUUUCGGGCAGUCCUUCAUGACCGACAGCUACCUUGGAACUUUGGGCGACACUGGUGAGAAUGACGAGCCUGUCAGUGCGCCUCCCCCGCCGGCCUCUAUGAGGCGGAGCAGCGGAGCAACCACUAGCAGUUUCGAUGCCAGAUCGAAGCAGAGUCCUUCAGUCAGUAGACCAGGGAGUAUUGUGAGCCAGAGAGAACCAGUGAUGCCCGUCGAGGCCUCGCCACGGAACUCAACAACGCAGCUCCCUUCGAGCGACCUCUCCAUCUCCGAGACGAUCAAUCUUCCGCCUCCACCUUCAGAAAUGCCAGCGGAUUAUAGCGGUCCUGCGUCUCCUAGUCGCGGAAGCAUCGAUACAUUUCGCUCCACAAACCUUGACCAGCGCAUUGCACAGUCUUUCGAAUCAGAGCGACCAACACAUUCAACCGAGCCAGAGACGGACACGUCCUCACACGCGUCCAAUCCCAAACGUAAAGCGCCGCUCAGUGAACGCGAGACGUCGGCUGCGGUGGAGCUCAUGUUUGCUACCAUCUCAGAGCUCUAUACACUCUCUGGUGCCUGGCAGAUUCGUCGCACUCUGCUCACUGCUGCAAAGACUUUCCUGCUCCGUCCAGGGAACCCGCAAUUGUCAUCAAUUAGAGACUUGCUCCAGUCGUCGCUUCUUGACGCCAAUCUGAGUGAUUCUGGUAUUGCUCAUCAGGUCUACAAGAUGAGGGAAAAUGCUCUGCCGACCGAGGAAGAGCUGAAGGCGUGGACAAGAGAUUAUCCCGAAAAGACUGCAGAGCAGAAGGAAGAGCUUCGGAUCAAAGCACGCCGGCUGCUAGUCACCAAGGGCAUGCCGCAAGCACUCACGAGUGUUAUGGGUGCUGCGGCAAGCGGCGAAGCGCUCGGCAAGGUGUUUGACUGUCUACAGGUGCCUGAGAUCAGUCGGGGUCUCAUAUUUGGACUGAUGUUACAAGCUUUGAGAGUUGUGGUUGAUUGA